GAUACAUCAAUGUACCCAUCUUGAGGAUGGAGGCGCUGCUUGCGAAGGCGUCGACGCUGCGCUCAUUCCUGCGGAGGGCUGCUGAGGAGCGCAUCGCCAAUGGAGACCUCACUCUCGAGCAAAACCUCUCCAAAGUGACAAACCAGGAUGUAGUCUUCGCCUUGGACCAUACAUUCCUCAUCCAGUCUCACACUACAGGAGUAGAUGUGCUGCCCCGCUCUCCCUGGAGCUGUGGAACGAGCAUCUCACAUGUAGAUAAUUGGAAAAACUAGUCAAAAGGUAGAGGUUUUAAAGUAAUUAACUUUUUUUUUCGUGGUUUGUAGACGGAAUUGGUGCACCAUGUCAUUGAGCGGCUUCUAGCACGGAAGAGAGCGAUGAAUUGGGAGGACGCAAACAUUCUGACGCUUGGGUAUCGAGAGGCGACUCCGGGGGCUGCAGGUCAUCGAGUGACGCAGUCGAACGGGAUUGUAUGCUACUACCCGAAUACACUGGUGGCUGCGUUGAAGAAACCUUUGUGGGGGUCCUUACACGAGCUAAUGGGGGAUGACCUCGUGACGCAUUUACUACUGAAUUAUACCAUUUUUGUGCAAUUAAAGGAGAAUCCAGACUCGUUCAUACAGCUUACUGGGAAGAGUUUGCGUCAGCAAAAGCGCCAGACGAUGAGCGAUUCGGUCGAUACUACGAAGCGAAACGUGUCGAUCAACCACGUGAUGUAUGCGCGUUCUUUUCGGAGAGAUCGAGUGUUUGCGAGCUCCCAUUUCCUGGUGAAGGCGUCCAAGACAGGAGACCCGAUCAGCAGAACUGAAGCUUCACGAGUCCUUCGGUCGAUUUUUCCCGAUACUGCAGGCCAAAAGCGAUUGUCGAAGCGUUUGAUUAAUCUGAUUCCGACUAUACAGACUAUGGUGUCGAGGUUCAAAGCCUGUCAAGUCGAAGAGCUGGCCAAGAAGAUCGUCCCGGUGAACGCUGAUUUCCGCAAGUUUAUGGCAGAUAACCCGGAUAUCAAGCGGAAAAUCACGGAGAGAGCUGCUGAUGUAAAAACAUCGUCGCAAACGAUGAUCCUUCCGAUACUGCGCAAGUCACUGGAAGAUGGAUAUCUGAGUCAAAGUGACGGUGUGGCGUCAAGCUCUGAGCGAAAACGCAAGCGAAGAGAAGAAGCAAUUGAAAUGCUAUCACAUGUAUCGGUGAGCUCUUCGAAAAGUCCGGACGAGGCUGUUCAUAAUGGAAAGAAACACAAAAACGAUACCAGUCAGCAACAUUUCAAUGAAGUGUCAGAUCUGACAAAGUUGCAGCAGCACAAGGAGGACAUCAAGAAGUUGCUGGCGUUUGCGACUCCAAAGAAGAAAAUUUAUCGGCUGAUCCGGAAGUUUAUCGUUCAAGUUGUACCGAAAGAAAUGUGGGGCGAUAGCGACACCAAGAACUGGAAGUGCGUGAAGAUACUACUGCGAAAACUCAUUUUUUCGCGGAAGUUCGAUGUCUUUUCGCUGAAAAAGUGUGCAGACGAGUUCCAGGUGACGAAGGUGAAGUGGAUGAAUGUUCAACACAAAGGAAAAUACUGCCCGCCAAACGAACGCGUCAAGUGUCUUGAGCUCUUGCAGGAUUUACUGUGGUGGAUGAUAUCGUCGCUGGUCUUCCCAUUGUUGCGAAACUUGCUUUAUAUUACUGAGGCUGAGGGACUGGCGAACGAAAUAGCAUUUUACCAGCGACCAGUGUGGAAUGUGAUCAGUGCGCUUGCUCUCUCCGACUUGGAAGGAGGACUCCUACAACCUGCCAGCAUUGAAACCUUGCCAAGCGAACGUCAAUUGGCUACCUCUCGAAUGCGAUUGCUACCAAAACCUAAUGGAAUUCGUCCGCUGAUGAAUUUAUCCACAGCUACUGAUCCAACCAAAGUCUCAGUGAACAGAUCCAUGGAAGCUGUUCAUCGAGUCCUGAUUUUUGAGAUGGAGCGACAGCCAAAGCUUCUUGGAGCUUCAGUUCGAAACAUCGACGAGAUUUACAAGCGACUCAAGCCAUUUUUCCUCCAGAUCUCGCAAUGUCCUUGCUGUGCAGAGCGGCGACGUGUAUGUGGUGACACCCCAAUGGCUUACUGCGUGACUGUGGACGUCGAACGCUGCUUUGAUACGAUUCGACCUCGAAAACUUUAUCAGAUACUCAAGAAGGCGAUGAAAGAGGAUGAAUAUCUGAUCCGGAAGCAUUGGGUUGGACACCAAGUCGCCCCGGUCUCGUCUUCAACAGAUAGUAAUGAAUCCUUACCGGCGUCUUCGUUCUUCUUUAAGCUAGAGCGUCCAGCCUGUCCGUCUGGUGAGCUACUGGGUUUCGAUGAACUUGCAGCUCAGUCCAAGAAGAAGAACUCACUGUUAGUAGACGGGGUUCUCUAUGACUACCUGACCAAAACCAAGGCGCUCCAGUUGUUAAAGGAGCAUUUAUCCUCGAAUGUCGUUCAGAUGGAAGGCCACGAGUACGUUCAGCGAUGUGGAAUACCGCAAGGUUCCGUGCUCUCCACGACGCUGUGCAACAUGUACUAUGCUCAUUUUGAGCGGCGAGUACUUCGCAAACGUUUGCCAGAGGUGUGCGACCCAGCUAUCGUACCGGUUUCCUGUUGUCAACACGAGGAAUUGCUUCGAUAUAUCGAUGAUUUCAUGUUCAUAACGACGGAUCUCAAGAGAGCGAGGAGGUUUUUCGAAGUGAUGCAUGAGGGCAAUGAGGAGUAUGGAUGUUGCGUAAAUGUUACGAAAAGUCAAGCAAAUUUUGAAGUCGAUAGUAGAAGUGAACAAACGCCAAGUGGAUUCAUAUCGUGGUGUGGCAUGUUGAUCGACCCGAAAGAUCUUCAGGUCUACGUCAACUACGAAAAACUAAGCAGCUCGUUAUUGCAAAGCUCGAUCCCGUUUAACGAGACGAAGACGGCACAGGAUAUUUUUGUGGACAAAGUGAUCUCUCCGAUUCGACAGCGAUGGCAUGCGCUGUAUUUUGACCCCGAGUUGCUAUCGGAUGACUCCAUUCGUGUCAACCUGUUUCAGAUGCUACUCGUGGCAGCGCAUAGGUUCACGAUUCUCAUCGACGUGUUGCCUUUCGUUAACCGUGAUAUGAACUUCUUUCAUAAUUGUAUGCUGCGGGUUUUGAAGAAGAUGACGAAGGGCAUUCAUCACAAUCUCAAGCUGGGUUUGGACUCUGCCUGCACCAAGACCAGAGAGCCUCGAAAUCGGUCUAAAUUAACGUAUGAGGGAAUGAAAGAACAGGUUUGGACGGUAGGACUGUUUGCGUUCUGUCUCGUGAUCGAAUCCAAGCGUGACCAAGUCAAGGGGAGCAGUGCUGGAUAUGGUAAAGAACAAUGCCGAUGGUUGGAGUGGCAGAAACUAUUGGACAGCAUCCAAGUUGAGCGCGAAAAAAUCAAGGUGUGCGCGAAAUGUACUCAAAGUACUGUGCCGUUCAGCUUGGAAUGGUUGUUGCAGGACCGGCGCAAUGCAUGCGCAUUGAAGCAGUACAAGCAACGUGGCUUGACAUAAGACGCAACUCUUUCGAGUCCAACGAAGAGAAUCCGCGGAUGACAAAGUAAAAUUCUGAUUCUAUCAUGUUGCGCAAAUGCAAAAGCCAGAUAACGUACUUUUAACGUACUGUACAGUUGGUUCAGUGGUCAUCUAUUGUAAAACCGUUUUAUGUAGAUUACAGGAUCAUUGAUGGCGCAACCCAAAUGGACUGUCGAUGCAACAGUUUGCUGUCUUCUUUGGUGUGUUAACAAUAAAGAGUGAACUCUUCCCUGGCC